AGUUCAGCGGGGUUGGAGUCGGAUUGCUUUGGGUGUUUUUCAUUUUGUGAGACGAGCGCGGGACGUAGUGGUUGUUAUUCGUCGGUAAUGCUCACCAUCCGGGCCUAUAUUUAACAUUUGAAUGAUAUCACUCAGCUAGGAAGGCGUUUUCUCCGCUGCAUGCACACACAGAGGAGGCUGCACUGCUCGCAACCGAGAAUAUGGACUUGCACAUAUUGGACCACAGGCUACGGGUCACCAGCAUAUCCAAGAACGGGCUGAUGAAUUUCACACACCCCCUGAUAAAACUGAUAUUUCUCCGGAACAGGACACGAUGUAAGUUUUUCAGUCUGACGGAGACACCAGAGAACUACACAGUUGUCCUUGAUGAGGAAGGAUUCAAAGAGCUCCAGCCCUCAGAGCACCUCCAGGUAGAAAGCUCCAUCUGGCUGCCACUCAAUGUGGUCUCCAACGGCAGCGCCUCCAGCAGCUCGCAGGCUGUUGGCGUGACCAAGAUCGCCAAAUCGGUCAUAGCCCCCCUGGCCCAGCAGCACGUUUCAGUUUUCAUGCUCUCCACUUAUCAGACUGACUUCAUCCUGGUGAAAGAGAAAGACCUGUCUGUAGUCAUCACCACUCUGGAGGAGGAGUUCAAUAUCUAUAAGGAGGUGGGAGGAGAGUCUGUCCCUGUGCAUUGCCAGGAUGUUUCCUGCGGCCUCCAGAAGAACGGCAAAGAAGCCAUCCAACCCACAGUUCACCCAGUGCUGAUCCCCCAGAACCACUUCUGUGUCAUGUCUCUGGACCCGGACACGCUGCCGUCCAUCGCCACCACACUCAUUGACGUGCUCUUUUAUUCCAGCAGUCCUAAAGAGGACACACAGUCAUCUCCCAGCCAGGACUUGGACUGUAUCAAGUUCUUCUCCUUCUCCCUCAUCGAUGGCUACAUCUCACUGGUGAUGGACACUGAAGCUCAGAGACAGUUUCCUGCUGACCUUCUCUUCACCAGCUCCUCCGGCGAGCUGUGGAGAAUGGUGCGUAUAGGGGGACAACCGCUGGGCUUCGAUGAAUGCGGUAUAGUUGCCCAGAUAUCUCAACCUCUUGCUGACAGCGACAUCUCUGCCUAUUACAUAAGCACCUUCAGCUUUGACCACGCUCUGGUCCCUGAGGAGGACAUAGUGAGUGUGACAGACAUGCUCCAGCAUCAGAGGAAAGAACCAGCCACCAGCUGAUUCCUGAAGGUUCCUAUUUGAGACCCCUCCCCUGCCCCCCUCACUACAGCUCCAGUGGCCAGGGGUGGCGGUAGGGGCGGCAGACCAGCAGGAAAAGGAGGCUAACUCUGUGCCUAGACUAGCACUGCGUCGCCAGCAGUAUUAACUUCUGUGAACUUGCCAUGAACACCAGAAGCACUUCUUUGUGGUGUGUACAUAUAGUUUGUCUGUGAGGCCUCCUGUCUUACCUUUCCGAGGCAGGAUGCACUGAGUCCUAGGAGGCCCACAAGCUCACAUGUGUACAUCAAAAUCUGCAUACAUACACACAUGAACACACACACACACACACACACACACACACACUUGUAUAUUCAAAUUUACAAGCACAAAGUCAGAUCUAUGAACAUGUAUGAUAGACUUUCCUUCUCUUUAAUACAGGACUUGAGAUCUCAUGGUGUAUGGUCUGAAGCUGAAUUGUUCAUAACAUUAUUUUGCUACAUACAGCAGAACACAUUCAUAUACAUUUCACCAGUGCUAUAAACACACAACUUAGUCUUCCAGUAAUGUUCAUAUCAUAACGCCAUUUGUGAAAACAACCUUUUUUUCCAAAUCAAAGGCCAUUUGCAAGAAUUGCAAUUGCAAACUGAAAGCGUGAAGCUUGAAAUGCAAGGUGGUUGUGUGAAUGUUGAUCUUACUAUAAUUUCCAUGCAAAAGAAAACUGAAAAGUUUUAUUUUUUGACAAUUUGAAUAUUGCAGGUAGUUCUAACAUAUUAAAGCUACUACACAUGCUGUCAAAGAGGACAGUAGGCUUGGUCAGUGUUUUUUAACGGUCAGACUUUUUCUUAAUCAUAGCAUCAUCCAAGGUCAAUAACACUAAGUCUUAUUUUUUGUUAUUUGCACAAUAGACAUUUAGUUUAGCUAAUAUCACUUAGAUGUUUUCUUUGGUACAACUACAUUUUGUACAAUUUAAAUAAGUAUUCUGUAAACAUUUGUAAUUUUUGUGCUGCUUCAUUCAAUAAAGAAUAUUGAAAAUA